GGCGGAUGCUGCAGAGAUGGUCCUGGUGGCACCUCUUUGGGUGACUCAAAAUUGGUUUACUCCAAUCCUCGAGAUGUUGAUACAGGAUCCUCUCAUCUUGAAGGUGAAGAAUCAGACUUUGAAUGUUCCAGGAACCAACAAGGUAAUGUCUUCACCAGAAGUGGAAAAGUUUGAAAUUACAGAUGAUGAUGUGUACAAUUCUUUCAAUAUAAGGCAUAGUAGACGGCAAACAAAAAACCAGGCAACAUUUGGUAUUUGGGCAGAUGAAGAGGAUGAUAAUGAGAGACCUGGGUUUGGAGGCCGCGGUAAAAAGAAGUCCGACUUCACUGCCCCUAUUGGCUUUGUGAGUGGCGGCAUCAAACAGGGGGACAAGACUUUCAAACCUGGAGAAGAGGAAGAAGCAGAUGCAGAAAAUGAUGCGGACUUUGAUAUGGGUGACAUUGCCCGCCUCAGCUAUAAAUGGUCCAAGAAGGAGAAAGCAGGGUCUAGCAGCGGUAGUGGAAGAUCAAGAUCCAACUUCAUACCGGGAGAAAAGGAUUUUGGUGGCUGGGAAAAGCAUACCAAGGGGGUUGGAAUGAAACUUAUGCAAAAGAUGGGUUUCGAAGUUGGCAAAGGUCUGGGGAAGAAUAAGCAGGGUAUUGUCAUACCAGUUGAGGCAGUGAAACGCAAGGGAGCGAAGGCAGGCAUUGGCUUACACGGUACUGAGCGCAGCGAGCGGUCCCUGGUAGACUUUCCCACGCAGGAUAAGGAUGAACAGGAAGAGGCGGAGUUUAAGGAACAGCUGUCACAGUGGAGGAAAGAACCGGAGGGAAAGAAGAAGAAAAAGGUUAAAUACACAUACAAGACGGCUCAAGAGGCUAUAGAAUCUGGCAGCAGCAAGAAGAAAGGGCUGAAAAGUCAGAUGUCAAAUGUCAAGGUCAUCGAUAUGACGGGAAAAGAAAAGAAGGAAUUCACAGGUUACCACACGAUCUCGCAGCGCCACGAUCGCCCGGAUGAUGAACCGGAGGAGUUUGGAGGGGGCCGUCGGGAGGUGUUCAGCAUGCCAGAGCUGCUGCACAAUCUGAACCUGCUGGUGGACAUGAGUGAGGAGGACAUCAUCCACAAUGACAGGAAACUGAAGCAUGAUAAGGACCUGAUAGUGAACAUGGGCUAUGAGAAAGAGAAGCUGGACUCUUUGUUGGAGCAGGAGGAGAAACAGAUACAGAGGCUCACGAAGAUACUGGACAUCAUUGCAACAGUGAAUGAGCGCACCAACCCUGGCUGCCCCAACCCUGUGACGUUGGACGAGUGCCUGGCAAUAUUCAGGAUUCUGCAGAACGAUUUCUACGCUGAGUACAAGAUGUAUGAGCUCGAAUCAUUGGCUGUAGCUCUUGUAUUUCCAAUCAUGGGGGACUACUUCAAGACGUGGAGCCCCCUUGGUAACCCUGGUUACGGCGUGUCGGUUGUCAAGGAGUGGCAGUACAUGCUGGGUGAUCCCAACCACGUGUACGUGAAGGACCAGAACAACAUGGACGUCUACCAGAGACUCAUCUGGGACAUCUGGCUUCCACACGUACGCAGCGCAGUGCUGACGUGGAAUGUGCGUAACUGUGACCCUCUGAUAGAGCUACUGGAGACUUGGAUGCCAGUGCUGCCCAUGUGGGUGAUGGAGAACAUUCAGGAUCAGCUGGUCAUCCCGCGCCUGAUGGCCGAGGUGGAGGCAUGGAACCCCCUCACUGACACUGUACCCAUACACUCCUGGCUACACCCAUGGCUGCCCCUCAUGAAAGACAAACUAGAGCCUCUGUACGCACCGAUCCGUCACAAGCUCGGUAAUGCCCUCACCAACUGGCACCCGUCUGACAGCUCUGCCAAGGUUAUCCUCAAGCCCUGGAACGGGGUGUUCAGGGACGGCCACAUGGAGGUGUUUCUACGGAAACACAUCGUGCCCAAACUGGAGCUGUGCCUGCAGGAGUUUCCCAUCAACCCUCAUCAGCAGACAUUAGAGCCGUUGAACUGGGUGUUUACCUGGACAGACAUGAUCUCCCUACGAUACAUGGUGCCCGUGUUUGAGAAGUGCUUCUUCUCUCGCUGGCUGCAGGUGCUCUGCACGUGGCUUGGCAACAUGCCAAACUAUGAGGAGGUCACCAAGUGGUACCUUGGCUGGAAGAGUGUCUUCUCAGAGCAGUACAUGUCACACCCAGUGAUCAAGGAGAUGUUCACGAAGGCUCUGGACAUGAUGAACCGCGCUGUGUCAGGUCACUUCCAGCCUGGGGUCAAGGAGAACAUGGCGUACUUCACUCUUAAUGAGCGCAGAACCAUCGGGGAGCCGGCCACGUCUCGAUCCAACUCACCUGCCACCUCCAUUCCACAGACUGCGCCUUUUGAGCCACCGGGCGUGAGAGCCUCCAUGACAACCUACCCAGCAAGCUUCAGAGAACUCGUAGAACGCAAGGCGGAGGAAAGCAACCUGGUGUUCCUACCAGUACCAGGGCGUACUCAUGAGGCCAAGCAGGUGUACAGAUGUGGGAGAGUGCUUGUGUACUUCGAUCGAAGUGUUGUGUUCGUCAUGGAUGAUAAAAUGAACGCUUUUGUGCCGGUGUCAUUACAGAAGCUUAUUGAGAUGGCAAAAGGGUGAAUGAGUGAUUCAGGCAGUUGUAAACAUUUACAGGAGACUAAAUGCUGAAAUUAUGGUUUAGAAGUGACUUCAAUGCUGCAGUGUGUUGAUGUAAAUAAAAUAGUGAACAUUGGAA